GGUAAAAUCGAUAUAAUUAAUCGAGUAAUCAAUAUCACUGCUACAGAGCAGAGCAACAGGUUCUGUAACAGCUGUUUAUACUUAAAAGUUUAAAUUUAAAGAAAUGAUGCGUUCAAAAGUUUUGAGUCUUGUGCCACGCGCCACAGGUGCCUGCAGGACUAUGUCUACUGCCACAAAGCUGACCACAGUGGAGGUAAAUGAUAAAACGGGCAUUGCUACACUUACCAUGAACCGUCCGCCUGUAAAUGGACUCAAUUUGGAAUUAUUGCGCGACCUACAUAAAUCAAUUGAAGAAAUAGAGGGCAAUAAAAGUCGUGGCCUCAUAUUGACAUCUUCAAAUGCAACUAUAUUCUCUGCCGGUCUGGACAUACUCGAAAUGUACAAACCAGACAAGGAGAGAAUUCGAGCAUUUUGGACAUCGCUGCAGGAUGUCUGGUUGGCGCUCUAUGGCAGCAGUGUGCCAACCGCAGCUGCCAUUAAUGGCCAUUCACCAGCUGGAGGUUGCCUUUUAGCUACAGCUUGCGAAUAUCGUGUUAUGCUGCCUAAGUUUACGAUUGGCCUAAACGAAACUAAACUUGGAAUUGUGGCCCCCAAGUGGUUUAUGGCAUCCUUCCUAAGCGUUCUGCCUAGACGUGAGGCUGAGCGUGCACUCAACCAAGGACGUAUGUUUACAACAGACGAAGCCCUGCAGAUCGGUCUCGUUGAUGAGGCCGCUAGCACCAAAGAAGAGGCAUUGGACAAAUGUGCACAAUUUAUUGGCACAUUUGCCAAAGUGAAUCCACUGGCUCGCUCAUUAACCAAGCAACAACUCAGAGCUGUGGAAUUGGAGCAGUUGGAAAAUGAACGUGCUCAGGAUUUGGAAAAGUUUUUGUUCUUUAUUAAUCAACCGGCAGUGCAAAAAGGGUUGGGCAUUUAUUUGGAAAGUCUGAAAAAGAAGGCAAAGAAUUGAAUUCUUUAUCAAUUUU